AACUAGCCGCUUUUGUUCCACGGAAAAACGCCAGAGGAAACUCUCGGAAAUGACAUUGGCGGAAGGAAGUUUUUGAAAGUAAAAGAAGAGCUGAACAGUGGCGCUCUGUCGGUGUCUGUAGCCACUGAGUAAAAUCUGAAACUGCUUGAAGGCUGCAGUCAUUUUUCGUCAGGCCAUUCUGUCUAAACACGAUCUAAAAUGUACACACAGUGCCAUACAUAACAAGCAGUAAAGAACUCAUGGACAGCACACUACAAGACUUGAGGACGGAGGGCAGUCCUUUCCGAGAGCUGGAUGAGCAUGAAGCUGCUGAAUCUCUAAAUAAUGCCUGUCUGCUGGAUGACAGUGACCUGCCGUUUGACGAGGGAAGAGCCUCUCAUGAUUUUUCUUCUAUACUCAUUCCUGAAACUCCAAGCCCUGUUGUUUUUAGGAGAAAACACCAUUCCCAAAUAACUGAUAAUCAUAGUGGGGCUUCAGUAUGUGGUUCAGAUACCAAAAGAUCACAGACAGGGGACAUGGUGCCAGGAUAUCUCCACACAACUCCAAACUCUCAAAGAACACUGAAGCGACGUAAACUCCGAGACACUGGAGCAAGUACUCAAGAAUUGCACGGAAGAACGGGAGGAAAUGGAUUUGUACCCGCGUCGUGCCUUUUAGCUUCUGACUAUACUUGGCUGGAGUCUCCACGUGCACCGUUCUCCACGUUUUCCCCCGCUUCCACUUCUACAGCUUCAUCUUCCGCUGGAGCUCCUGAACCCUCAGCGCUGGACAUUGCUGCUGGUCGAAGUUGCUUGACUGAGACAUCUCCACGCAGACGAACUUCUGAGCAAAAAAAGCUUAGAAGAAGCAGUAAGGAUCAGAAAGAACAGAAAACUAGAACGAAAAGCACUAGAAUAAGUCCAAAGUCCUCUGGAUGUACAUCAUCAGCACCUUUGCAGGGAGCAGAGGAAGAGGCGUGCAUGCUAGAUACAGAUAAUGAGAGGAGAAGUGAGUCUGUGAAUCCUCCAGCUUGUCAAAUGCAAGAAGAGAUUGUCAUCAUAGAUGAGGAUGAGGAGGAUGAUGUGGUUGUUGAGGCCAUGGUUCGCUCCAUUCAAAUGGCUGAAGAUGAGGCAUUUGCCAGAAGUCUUCAGGAACAGUUUGACCGAGAGGAACAGCUGCAGCAGGAGGAAAGGAGAUCACAGACCACUCAGCCCAACAGACACAGCCAUAACCACUCGGUUGAGUCCUAUGUAGGUUUGGGCUGGAUCUCUCCCUGGGCAUCCGUGGUCAACUCGCCAUCAUUCAGAAGCCUGGGGUUUCCAGAGCUGGAGCAGGCAAUGGUUCACGGGCAGCCUGGUGGGCAAGCAAGACAGCCUCAAGCACGGCGUGGUCGCAGCAGUCGCCGCAGACAGGCUUCCCACCUGCCUGUGGACCUGUUUGAUGACAGCCAGGGGAAUAACUAUGAGGCUCUCUUAGCAUUUGAGGAGCUUCAGGGAACUGCGGUGGCCAAGAACACUCUUAGAAAAGGGGACAUAGAAAGACUCCCUACAAAAGUCUAUGACCCUGCACAUAAUGCUGGGAAAACAGAGUGUCAGAUCUGUUUCUGUGACUACAAAGAAGGGGAGAAGCUGAGAAUGCUUCCAUGUCUCCAUGACUACCAUGUGAACUGCAUUGACCGCUGGUUAAAAGUGAGCCAUUGUAACACAGUUUUACAAUGUCACCAUUUUCUCAAAUGUAUUAUUGUUGUUUAAUCUGUGCAUUAUUUUUUUCUGUUUGAUUCUCAGGAGAACUCCACAUGUCCUAUUUGCAGGGCAGAUGUGUCAGAGUGUGGUGGCUUCUCUUGACCUGUUGACUCAGGUCUGAAUCUCUACCUCACAGUAUAGUUCAGAUUCAUUGUAGUUCCCCACCCUUUAUAAACAAUGUCUUAUUCAAUGCGAAGGAUGGACCGGCACAAAACGCCUGAAGUAUUCUGGCAAUGUUCCAGAAAUGUUCCAACAGUGUAUUUUCAACGAUCCUUCAGGUUCAUAAGUUUAUCUACUGCUGUUUUGUUUUUAUAAUAAAUUCAUUUUUUAGACCA